GAUUUUUGGCGAACGUUCCUCGCUCUUCAGCACACGUUAUCAUUGCUUAAAACUCGUCAAGCACUCCAUGGACGACUACAUUACCUACGCAGGUAUCGUUAACCGCGAGUGUGAGCGUUUUAAACUUGCAUCCAUGACCGAGACACAAUUCAAGUGUCUCAUGUUUAUUUGUGGUCUACAAUCUCCGUCAGACGCGGACAUCCGCACACGUCUUCUCACCAGGCUGGAGCAAGACCCAGACAUAACGUUGCAGAAAAUGGCUGAGGAAUGUCAGCGCCUGAUCAAUUUGAAGCAUGAUUCCCGUAUGGUGGAACAGCA